AUGGCUCAACAGAAUGGACAACCGGGUCCUGCCCCGGCUCCGCUGUCCCUCCCAGCAGAACCACCUACUCUCAACGAUGUCCAGAUCACAGACUCGCCCAUCGAGAUGUCCGAGACCGCUCCCCCGCCCCCGUCCGAGCCGGCGCAACCUCAAAACCUCGCCGCUCCGACCCAGUACCCUCCAGCACCACCCCUCAAUUCGGCGUCCAGUGGCUUAGAGCCUAUCCGUCAGGACCCCAUGGAGCCCGACUAUCCAGCACCACAACGAGCGAACGCACGAUCCAAGGCGUAUCUGGAACCUGUCCCGCAUUCUGAUCGCACAUUGGCUUCUUACAUGGCCAAGCACCCCGACCACGCAGUCAAGAAGGCGAUGAAGAAGCUGUAUCCUCGCGCAAACUGCUUCUCUCGGAUGGCACGAUCGCUCGGCAGCGGUCAUUCCGUUAUCAAGGGUCUGACCGAAGACGAGUUCAAGUACUGGGAGUCCGUCGGGCCCGAGCUCAGGCGGAAGGCAGGUUGGAAGCUGCCUGGCGAGGACGCGCCCGGCGUCGAGGUGUCGGAUCUGUUCUGGAAGAUGUACCUCUCGAUUCAGCCGACGAUUCAGCACGACCACCUCGCCGGUAUGACGGCGCCCGACCUGAUCGGCAGCACGACAACAAUGCCCCUCAGCAUCAUCUCUCUCAUCCCCGACAUCAUGCAGCACUACCGCUCGGUCAUCAUCCGCGCCCAGAAGGAGGUGUUCUUGGCGACCAACUAUUGGCAAGCCUCCGACUCCGUCUCAGUAGUGAAACAAGCCCUCAUGGACCUUUCCGCCAAGGUUAUCAAGGAGGGACGACCGAAGGUCGUGGUCAAGAUCAUGUACGACCGUGGUACCUGGGAGCAACUAUGGAACCCACAUGCGUUCGUGGGGCCCAAGGGCUUCAAGCCACUCGACAUGCCGAUGCCGGACGAGGUUCCUGGGCUGCACCUCGAGGUUAUCAAUUACCACAAGGUGCUGCUCGGCACGUUCCAUGUGAAAUUCCUGAUUGUGGACCGCAAAGUCGUGCUGCUAAACAGCAACAACAUCCAGGAUCGCCCGAAUCUGGAGCUGAUGACGCACCUCGAGGGCCCGAUCGUCGACACCUUCUACGACUCGGCUCUCUAUUCGUGGUACAACACGAUGACGCCGCCGUUGCCCUGCCUGGCCGACCCAUACCAGCCGCCGCGCAACUCGAAUGGCGAGGUGUGCUACCUGUUCAAGGACUACAACCCUUACUUCCGCGACAUUGAGGUUCUGAAGGCGGCGCGCGCAGCGCGAGCGAUGCUCCGGCGGCAAACCCAGGACAACGAACUGGAACGCGCACGCUACAUGGACCACAACUCGCAUACAGCUAGGGACCGUCUUGUUGAAGCAGUCCGGCAGGCUGUCGCGAACCAGAGACAGAACUUUGCUCACACUCAGGGGGAACUCGCGAGCCGUGGAGCAAUCGCCAUGAAGGAGCUGAGGGAAUUCGGAGAGAGGAUGGGAUUCCCCGCCACGAGUCGACCAGGAAGCAGACGGGCCAGCGCCACGGACCUGACCAAGCUGCACCGGGGCGACUAUGAUGAAGAAACUGCGGCCAUUACCGCUGCGAACCGCAAGUUGACCAUGCCUGUCGCCUCGUCCGAGGCCACCACAUCCCCGACACUGCACGAGUUCCCCGUUCGGUCAAAGACGAUGCCCACGCCGCAUCCGCAUUUCGACUCGGACGUUGACGGAACGACGACUGCGCAAACAUCCGUCCGACAGAGCUUCCAUUCCGCAUACGAUGGAUCGGAGGAUCAGCGACACGUUGGAUUCGCCUCGACGGACCGAACCGAGAGCCCGGCGCCCUUCGUGACGUCUGUGUCGGAAAGCCCCGAGGCGAUGACGGUCGAUCUGCCGCCGUCCUACAAAGGCGAUUCUGAGAAGCACGCGGAUGGCGGACCCUUUGCGGGCUCACCCUCGUCAACGUUCCCGCGCGCCCACGAGUCGCCGUUCAAGGAGCCCGAAUCGCCUUUCAAAGAGGGCGCCGAGUCCGACACUAAGGAUGUCGGGGAAGGCAACGUCAUUGAUGAGAAGCGAUUUUCCCGACUCAGGGGCGAUCCGCACAGCGGCAACAUUACGCCUCGCACGGAGCGCUCGUUCCGAUGGGCUGACCGGUGGAACGACGAACUCGAGUCUGGGUCAGUUACGCCGUACCACCCCCGCCAGUCGCUCGACGAGGAGAUCCCGCCCGAGGGCGGAACGAAGCGCAUGUUCAAGCUGUCAAAGCGCUUCAACGCUGGCGCGCUUAGCGAAGCGUGGGCGACGGUCGAGGACUCGGACGAGCUGGACAACUUCAACCCGCACGUUAUCCACGAGCCGCACGACCCGUUCCCUGUCGCGCUCGUGUGCCGACGGCCGUUCGGUAUUCCAGGACACCAGGACAUCAGCAACCCGCAGAACGCUGCCUGGCUCGCGGGUAUGCGCUACGCCAAGCGUAAGAUCUUCAUCCAGACGCCUACUCUGAAUGCACGCCCGCUAGUCCGUGCAGUGAAGCAGGCGUGCCGACGCGGUGUCGAGGUCAUCCUCCUCCUCGACCUUGGAUUCAACGACAUGGCCGAGUCGAUCGCGUUCCAGGGUGGCACAAACGAGCAGGUCGUCGACCGCUUAUACAAGCUGCUCAUCAAGGAGGGCAAGGCGCAGCACCUCAAGGUUUACUGGUACACGGGCAAGGAUCAGGUGCGCCCUCUCAACGCGGUCAAGAAGCAGCGCAACUGCCACAUCAAGUUUGCCGCGUACGACGACGAGGUCAUGAUUCUCGGCAACGCCAACGGAGACACGCAGAGUGUUUUCCACUCGUCCGAGGUUAACGUCAUGAUUGACUCGAAGGACCGCGUCAAGGAGAUCAUGGACACGCUUCUCUCCAACCAGAACACGAUGCAGUACGGCGGCGUCGACGCCGAUGGCGUGUGGAGAGACGAGGAGGGGAAGACCCUCGUCGACUACGGCGCCACAGGCGGAGGCGGCUUUAUGAGCGGCGUCAGCGCCUUCAUUCGCUUCGCGAAGACGGCUGCGAAGUAA